UAUCCACAAAUGGGUGAAGAAGGCCUUAACACUAGUCUUCUGCACCUCAAAUGGCUUCAAUAGCCUCAAACUCUCUACUUUGUUCUGCUUCUUCUUUGAAGCUUAACUGUUUCUCAAAGCCUUCUUCUCUGUCUGUAAAUUUUCAAUUUGCUCCCUCUACACCCAAAACCUCUCUUAAAUCUUCAAUAUCUAAUUUCCCACUUCUUUCCAGUACGAAGUUUAGGUUUCAACUGUACUCUGUUGUAGAAGAAAUAACAGUACAAGAAACUAAAGAUGAUGAAAUUCUAGAAGAAGAAGAAAAUAAGAAGAAGCUUUACGUUGUUAACAUACCCUGGACUGUAUCUGUUGCCGAUAUGAAGAGUCUUUUUGGCGAAUGUGGUACUGUCACUGAUGUUGAGAUCAUAAAGCAAAGGGAUGGAAGGAACAGAGGAUUUGCUUUCAUUACAAUGUCUACUGGGGAAGAAGCUCGUGUUGUUAUUGAUAAAUUUAAUGAAUAUGAAAUUUCCGGAAGAGUUAUUAGAGUGGAAUUCUCUAAAAGAUUAAAGAAGCCUUCUCCUCCUCCUCCUCCUGGCUUGGGUGUAAAAGAGACACGUCAUUUGCUUUACGUGUCCAAUCUUGCAUGGAAAGCUAGGGCAAGUCAUCUUAGAGAACUCUUCUCUACCUGUUCAAGUCCGGUUUCAGCUAGGGUUGUCUUUGACAGUCCUUCAGGAAGAUCAGCUGGGUAUGGAUUUGUCUCAUUUGCGACAAGGGAGGAGGCAGAAUCUGCCCUCUCUGCCUUGGAGGGAAAGGAAUUGAUGGGUCGACCUAUUCGUCUAAAAUUUAGUGAAAAAAGUACUGGUCAAGUUGUAAGUGAGCCAAAGGAAGACAAUGCGGAACCAGAAGAAGCGGAGGACACUAUUGACAAACCUGACGAGUCGUAGAUGAAACUUGUAACGAUUAUUAUCAACUAGGUCAAUACAAUUUUUUUACACUAACCUUAAUCUACAUCAUUUCACUAAAUCCGCAGAUAGUGAUGA